ACUUUUUCGAGAGUUUUUCUCUCUCUAUUAUAUUUCUCUCUUUCUAAAGAACCCAAAGUAUAAAAUAUUAUUAACUUAGGUGUCGGAGUGCCUAUCCCAAAACAACCCUCGGGUCUGUUUUACAGGUCCCUAUACUGACCAACUUGUGGUCAACUAAAUCUUGUGAAGCUGCCCAAACACAUAGGUUUAAUGAGUUGCUAGUUGCUCUUAGGAAAGCAGAUAUGAGGGUAGAAUUUAAACAAGUUUUUGAUAAAUGGAGGGAAAAUAAGCGGUUUGAUUUGGAUACCUGGGGAUACAAUAUAUGCAUUCAUGCUUUUGGUUGUUGGGCUGAUUUGGUCACUUCUUUGAGACUCUUUAAAGAGAUGAAGGAAAAGAGUUUAGCUUAUGGGGAAUCAGGUCCAGACUUGUGUACCUACAAUAGCCUGAUUCAUGUGCUUUGCAUGGUUGGAAAGGUGAAGGAUGCUCUAGUUGUGUGGGAGGAAUUGAAAGUGUCUGGCCAUGAGCCAGAUGCCUUUACAUACAGAUUUAAUGGUUUUGCACCAGAUACCAUUGUAUAUAACUCUCUACUGGAUGGUUUAUUCAAGGCAAGGAAGAUUGCAGAAGCAUGUCAGCUGUUUGAGCAGAUGGUUCAGGAUGGAGUAAGGACAUCGUGUUGGACAUAUAAUAUUCUGAUUGACGGGUUGUUCCGGAAUGGAAGGCCUGAGGCUGGUUGUACUCUGUUUUGUGAUCUGAAGAAGAAGGGGCAGUUUGUGGAUGCCAUCACUUACAGCAUUGUUAUAUUGCAGCUUUGUAGAGAAGGUUUGCUUGAGGAAGCUUUAGAAUUGGUGGAAGAGAUGGAAGCCAGGGGCUUUGUUGUAGAUUUGAUUACCAUAACAUCCCUCUUGAUAGGGUUUCAUAAACAAGGAAAGUGGGAUUGGGCAGAGAGGCUCAUGAAGCACAUUAGGGAUGGUAAUCUAGUUCCACAUAUUCUAAAGUGGAAAGCCAAUCUGGAUGCUUCAAUUAAAAACCCACCAAACAAAAGAGAGGAUUAUAGUUCCUUGUUCCCAACCAAAGGAAGCUUCAGUGACAUUGUGAAUUUAGUUGGCCCUGAUGACCAAGCAAUGAACACCAACCUGGGUUCUGAAAAUGAUGAUAGAAACAACAAAGAGAUUUCAUCAACUGAAACGGAUCAGUGGUCAUCAUCCCCGUCUAUGGAUCAACUGGCUAACCAAGUGAAGCCAGAUGAACAAUCUUCACAUCUGUUUUCGCUGAAGACAGGGCAAAGAGUUCAGGCAAAGCAAACUGAUUCAUUUGAUGUGGAUAUGGUGAAUACUUUCUUGUCCAUUUUCCUAUCCAAGGGAAAACUGAGCUUAGCCUGCAAGUUGUUUGAGAUAUUCACUGACAUGGGUGUGAAUCCUGUCAACUACACAUACAAUUCCAUUAUGAGUUCAUUUGUCAAGAAGGGCUAUCUCAAUGAGGCUUGGGGUGUUCUUAGUGAAAUGGAGGAGAAGAUUUGCCCAGCAGACAUAGCAACCUACAAUCUGAUAAUUCAGGGGUUAGGGAAGAUGGGAAGAGCAGAUAUAGCAAACUCCGUUCUGGAUAAGUUAAUGAAGCAAGGUGGUUACCUUGACAUAGUGAUGUACAACACCCUGAUUAAUGCACUCGGAAAGACUGGUCGCGUGGAUGAAGCAAGCAAGCUUUUUGAACAGAUGAGGACUAGUGGGAUCAACCCCGAUGUUGUCACUUACAACAUACUCAUUGAAGUUCAUACCAAGGCUGGUCGAUUGAAGGAUGCCUACAAGUUACAGCAAACAGUUUAUUUCUGUGUCUUCCUUCACAUAGGCAAACAACUUCACCAAAUCAUUAAAAUAAACAAGACUAACAAUGUUCCAUUUGAACCAACAUCAAAACCGGCAUUCUCAAAGCGUUGCCGGCUAACGCUCAGCAAAAAGCUCCUCAUCUGCUCCUUGUUCUAACCACCAUUGAUUCCUUACUUUCUCCUGUUACCUGUGCAGUGGCAAAAGUGAGUAACAGAAGAACAGGAACCAUUGAAACAGAAUGUACAACGGGAAAUACAAAGACCUGUACCAA